AUGCUUGCUGAGAACAUCGAACAUUACAAGCUACAAAAGGUGGACCAUUUUUAUCUCUACAUUAAGGACAGUGAUGCUUACUUAUACAAGGACUGCCUGCAACGCAGUCGUUACCACUCUGAAUAUGCUAUUUUCUCAGAUCUCGAUGAACGUAUAACUCCAAUGAUUAGCGGUAUCACGCUACGCGAAUAUGUUGGGGACCAUAUCUAUCAAUUAAAAGUGUUACAGGGUACUACUACUCUCCUCAAACAUCUUCCAACAUUGAUAUUCACUAACUCGACAAUAAUUUCUCCACCGGGUACACUUGACAAAUGUAUUCUCAACCCAACAAUGGUAUUCAUUAUGGAUGUACAUAAUGUUGCGGUAUUUUUACAAGGUGAUGGACGCAUCUACCGUGUUCCUCCUGAACAUGCAUUAAUUAGGUUCGAAGUCAAUGACACUCCUGAAAACCACGUAGAUUUCGAAGCGUGA